AUGAUAUCCAAGUGGUCAUCCAAAUCUCCGAAACAAAAGGCGACUCGAAUUCGGAACAACCAGCGGAGACAUCGUGCCAAAGUCAAAUCUCAUAUAUCUACUCUUGAAGCCGAACUGGCAGAGUCACAGAGGCAGUUGAUUGCCGCCGAGCAUCGCAUCACGGCACUUACGGCUGAAGUGGAACGGCUAUUAAAAGAGGCAAGCAGAGCGCCCGCUCUCGCGAGUGAUUCGCACAUGCAGCAUCCUUUUAACUCUCUCAUGCCUUCUACCGUAUCGGAGGCUCCUUGCCGCUGUUCUUGGAACAGCCAGAGACUACUGAGCAAUUCGUCAUCCUGCAAACAGAAUACCGUGGUCGACCUACCAUUUGACAUGCCAAACGACUUGACGCUCGCUGUAACUUUUGUAGCCCAGUAUGACUGUCAGAGUCUUCCACCGCCGCAGCCUGGCGAAUCGACAACAGAUUGCGUUGCCGCAUAUAGAAUCAUUGAGCAACAAAACUUCAAGGGCGUUGACAUCCAAGCUAUUCAUCAGCGGCUCCAGUCAGGAUACAGAAGAGCAAAAAGACCCGGGGAUGGAUGCACGGUUGUAAACAGCCUUCUUUACAGCAUCAUCAGCUACCUUAGCCCUGUAUAACACGCUGGACCAAUAUGGUUUACUAAACAUCUUUUAGUAUUUACAAUGCCU